GUAGGGUUCCAUUCCACGGGCUGUCGCCCCCAGGCUAGUCGCCCAAACCACGCAACCGAUAUAUUCCCCAGCAUCCCCAGUCCAGCCGUCCAACCGAGACACCGCGUGGGAACCAAGCAGACCCCCAGUAGAAGAAGCGAAGUCGUCGCCGGAGAAGGAGGAGGAAGAGCGCGGAGCAAGAUGUCGUGGCAGACGUACGUCGACGACCACCUGAUGUGCGAGAUCGAUGGCCAGCACCUCAGCGCCGCCGCCAUCUUCGGCCUCGACGGCAGCCUCUGGGCGCAGUCCACGGGCUUCCCCCAGUUAAAGCCUGAGGAGGUUGCUGCGAUCACGAAGGACUUUGAUGAGCCUGGUACUCUUGCACCAACUGGUCUUUUUGUUGGAGGUACAAAGUACAUGGUGAUCCAAGGUGAACCUGGAGCUGUCAUCCGAGGAAAGAAGGGCACUGGAGGCAUUACUAUCAAGAAAACUGGCAUGGCCUUGAUUAUUGGUAUCUAUGAUGAGCCAAUGACUCCAGGGCAAUGCAAUAUGGUGGUGGAGAGGCUCGGAGAUUACCUGGUCGAGCAGGGCUUCUAAGUCGUAUGCUAUUUUGGUCAUUGGGCACUUAAGUUUGCACCUCAUUUGGUUCUGUAAUCUGUGGGCUUGUGCAUGUACUUGGCGUAUUGCAUGCAGUGAAUAAUUUAGCUUGGGUUUGUUGGUUGGUGACAGUAUUGGGAACGGAUUUGAAUUGGGGUUUAUGCUUGGCAUCGCGUCAUAUCAAACUCAGCUGCUGUUUCACUGAGUAAUGUACAUUUCCCUGGUCGUGGUACUUGUGGACUCUGCUGCUUUAUGGAAACGAGUGCAUUUUACUGCUGUGCU